UGUUGUAAUCAUGCAGUCAGUAAUAUAACUCCUAAUGAUAUUGAAAAUCUGACCUAAUUUUGAUGAUUUCCAGGAUUAUAUACAUUGGGAACUAUUUGUUUAAUAGUAAACUGGAUUAAAUAGAUAAUUGUAUUGGUCAAUGAUGCGGCUGCUGUUGGUGUUUCUUUAAUAAUCCACUUACAUAAUGAAUAUAAUGAAUAAGUUCUGUUUAUUUGAUGACUAUAAAACAGAAAAUUGAUGUCUCUCUUUGGCGUAAGCCCCGUCUGAAGAAGUUGUACUCGGAUCCGUAAUAUCCUGCCGGAGAUAGGAGGCAGGGGCGAGGAGCCUACCCCCGUGCAGGACAGGACUCAACUGGUGGUGGUGGGGUGGUGGAGGUUACCAUGUUUGCACACUGUAACAGCAAUGUGUUAGAUUGCAAAUGUAUCCCUAUUGAGAAAGAACAGAAAGAUGGAUAAAACGGAGCAUCUUGCUGACUGGAUGUCUAACCUUAAUGAGAAGUUCACAAAAAUUCCUUUGAGCCACCUUGCCAUUCCGGGGAGCCAUGAUGCUAUGGCAUACAGCUUAGACAUGGACUCUUCUGUGCUGGAACCUAAACGAUUGAAGGCCUUGGAUAAAAUGUUUAGUGCUUUCUUAAGGCCCAUUGUCAAAAAAUGGGGCACUGUCCAGGAAAAAAACAUCUCCGAGCAGCUUGACGGUGGAGUGCGAUACUUUGAUCUGAGGGUUGCUGGGAAGCCUGAAUCCAGUGAUUUAUUCUUCUACCAUGGACUCUACACGACAAUGACAGUGAAGGAGGGAAUGACAGAAUUGGAUAAAUGGUUAGACCAGCAUUCCAAGGAGGUGGUGAUCCUUACUUUCUCGCAUUUCAAAGAAAUGACAGCCGAUCAACAUAAGGACCUGACCAAGUUCCUCAAGGAGCACUUUAAAACAAAACUCUGCCCAAAGCCUCAAGUGCCCUCACUAAGUGACUGCUGGGGAAAUGGUCAUCAGGUCAUCCUUUCUUAUGACAACAAUUUAGUCAAUGAUGAAGCUGUACUGUGGCCUCGAAUCGAAUACUGGUGGGCUGAUAACUCAGACCCCAAGGAAGUAAUUUCACACCUCAAUACCCAGAAACAAAAGGGAAGGCCAGAAGGACUUUUUGUUGCUGGUCUUAAUCUGACUUUUGAUGGGAAUGACAUGCUCCUGUACCUAAUGAAGUCUUUGAAGGACAAGACCAUGGCGGCGUACCCUCUGUUGCUGGAAUGGGUGAAGGAACAACACCAGGGCCCUGAUAAAGAAAGCAUUAACAUCAUUGCUGGAGAUUUUGUUGGGGUGAAUAGCUUUGCUCAGGAUAUCAUUCAGCUCAAUAGAGCAGACAGUGGUUCAUGAAGAUCCAAUGGGUAACCAAUGUUGUACUACUUCUAUUACUAUAUUUAUAAUGAGUUAUAACCUGGUUAUUAUCAGGUUAUAUGGUAUUAACCUGAUUCAGACACAAAAAAGAUGACUUCCCUCCAGGCUAAAAUAUGUUUUUACUCUUUGAGCGAGAUACAAGCAUAAAAAUGUUUUUGUACUUGUGAGAUUUCCAAAUUUUGUUCAUUCAUAGGAAGUCAAUAAACCCAAUAAGUGAACGUGGAAUGAAGGUAUGAAAUGACUAGGCCAAUAGUGUAAACUUUAACCAAAUGAAGUGAAUAA